AUGUCAGAGAAUGAGACCAACGUCGCCGCCCUCCUGCCAGGUCUCGGGCAGGACCUCAUUCUACAAGAGCGUCCCAUAUCAUCCCCUGGCCCAGGACAGGUCCUGAUUCGCAACCACAGCGUCGCAGUCAAUCCCGUCGAUUGGAAGCAGCAAGCUAUGGGAUUCAUGGUGGAUUCCUACCCUAAAGUCCUCGGCUCUGAUAUCGCUGGCGUUAUCGUCGAGGCGGGCCCUUCCGUGGAUAGUUUCAAACCGGGAGACCGUGUGUUGGCCGCCGCACCCGGCCAAACCAUUCAAAACAACGAUCAAGCAGCUUUCCAGACCUUCACAGUCGUACCGGUCGCGUUCGUUACCAAGAUUCCGGAUUCGCUGAGCUUCAACGAGGCCGCGACAUUACCUGUAGCUACCAACACCGCGUCAAUCUCAUUUUUUGAUAACUUGGACCUGCCUUUUCCUUCCGACGUUUCGGCCGUCGAGGAACAAAAGCUCGGAUCCUCUAUUCCGGGAGACAUCCUUUUGGUUUGGAGCGCCGGCGGUUCAGUCGGCCGCGCGGUGGUGCAGCUCGCCCGUGUUCUGGGCAGAGAGGUGUACGCGACGGCAAGCCCCCGGCACCAUGAACAGAUAAAAAAGCUAGGGGCCAGCCUCGUUUUCGAUUACCGUUCGCCGACUGUGGUCGAGGAUAUAAAGGCCGCCGCGAGCGCUGCGGGCAAACGAAUAUUGGUCGGUAUUGACAACAACACCAGCGCCGACAGCCUUGCCGGCGUAUUUGGAGUCCUAUCGGACGGGGACGAGAGCGUGAGGAAGAAGCUCCUGACCAUGGUACCUGUGGAAUGGGUCAAGGACGUCGUCGUACCCAAGGAUCUUGACGUAAGCUGGGUGUCUGGCGGGAGCAAAACCAAGGAGGUUGAGACGUGGGUUCACACCGUAGGGAUGCCCUCCUGGCUGGAGAGAGGCAAGAUCGCCCCCGGACCGUAUCGUGUCGUGCCUGGCGGGCUUGGCGGUCUCCAAGCUGCGAUGAAUGAGCUGAAGUCGGGUGUUGUUAGUGGUGAGAAGCUGGUUGUGGAGGUUUAG